GCUUGCGUUCGGGGUUUGGUUGUAUCGCUUUGUGAUCCGCCGGGUAUGUUUGAAUCGAAAGCGAACAGAACUGACUCGUAUUCACAUGACGUGAAUUGCUAUACAUUGAUAACGUUUGGAACGCGUCGCUAAGGGCAACGGCGACGAUUUUUAUCGGUGUCUCGAUUCUACGUUUAAUUUCUUUUCGGUUUUAAACUUGGAUUGAAUUUGGUAAACAUGGACGUGUCAUUGCAUUUGUGCGUUUUAUCUCUUUGCGCGUUUCUCGUGUACGGAAAGCCCACAGUUAGGAAAGAGCGAGUUCAUCACGAGCCCGAACUGAGCAGACGAUCGCACGAGGACAACCAGAGCCACCAGUACGAUCACGAGGCCUUUCUGGGCAAAGAGGAGGCGACCACUUUUGACCAACUUACCCCAGAGGAAAGCAAAGCCAGAUUGGGGAAAAUAGUUGAUCGUAUUGACGGAGAUGCCGAUGGAUAUAUCACCACUGAUGAACUCAAGGCCUGGAUCAAGAGAGUACAGAAGCGUUACGUCUAUGAGAACGUAGCAAAGGUCUGGGCUGAUUAUGACCUGAACAAAGACAACAAGAUCUCAUGGGACGAGUACAAGCAAGCGACAUACGGCUACUAUCUGGCCAAUCCUGAUGAGUUUGAGGACGCCACCGAUCAGUUCAGCUUUAAGAAGAUGAUGCCGCGAGAUGAACGCAGGUUCAAAGCGGCAGACAUGGAUGGUGACUUGGCUGCAGAGCGAGAGGAGUUUACUGCUUUUCUUCAUCCAGAAGAGUUUGAUCACAUGAAGGACAUUGUGGUUCUUGAAACUCUUGAGGACAUUGACAAGAAUGGAGACGGUCACGUAGAUGAAGAUGAAUACAUUGCUGACAUGUUUGGUAAUGAAGACAACGGUCCAGAACCAGACUGGGUGAAGACAGAGAGAGACCAGUUUUCAGACUUCAGAGACCUGAAUAAAGAUGGGAAGAUGGAUCUGGAGGAGAUUCGCACCUGGAUUCUUCCACAGGACUACGAUCACGCUCAGGCAGAGGCCAGACACUUGGUGUACGAGUCAGACACAGAUAAGGACCAGAUGCUCACCAAAGAAGAGAUUCUUGAGAACUGGAACAUGUUUGUAGGCAGCCAGGCCACCAACUACGGUGAAGACCUGACCAGGAACCACGAUGAGCUAUGAGCCCAACUCAAAGGGAUGGGACUCAGUAAACACAUUAAGGUCUAGUAAGAACACGGUGUGUCCUGGCAUCUCUGAAAGCCAUUUCACUGUCAGACUGAUCUCUAUUGCAGCUCUACCUCACAGUCUGGACAUAGAGUGAGUAUAUGAGGAGAGUAUGGUUUGGAUGCAGGAUGAUGGUCUCUCAGGUGAUGAUUCCUCUGUGUUCUUUUGUCAAGAACGUCUUCUGCUUGUGGUUGAAUAAGCUGCUAAAGCUGAGCCUUUUCAAUCACACUUUUUGUUUGUUUUGUUUGGAAGCAGUCAUAGGAUGAAGCCUGUUUUCAUACACUUGCUGCCUAUUUUGGUGUACCGUCAAUACAUAAAAACGGACGAGAGAUAAGAAUUGUAUUUAUUUAGAAUUUUAAUGACACAAUACUACUAUGAUUUAUUACAAGCGCUACAUGUAUUACAAUUCGUUUUUACACUUAAGAAAAUUUCAGAUUUUUGUUGCCAAUGCUUCCAUGGAGUCUUGUUUCGCUGCCUCCGAUGCAACUUUAAAUGAACUUUUACUGUAUUUCUUUUUACUUUGCAUAUGUGGUUUGUUUUGGCUCAUGUCUGAUUCAUUUCCGUUUAAAGGUUACAUUGACACACUACAUGGCCAUUUAUCUUUUGGAAGUAUACUGUAUGUUCUUUUCUACAAAGGGUCGUUCACAUUUGACAAUAACAUUUACUAUAUUAGCGAUCACAUCACCAGAUGAUAACAAAAAUUAUGUUAAUUCUUUCGCAUGCCGCAGUACUCGCACAAAUCAUUUACCUUUUAUGGCAUUAAAGGGAUAGUUCACCCAAAAAUUAAAAUAAUGUCAUUAAUGACCUUCUUUUCGUUCCAAACUUGUAAGACCUGCGUUCAUCUUCGGAACACAGUUUAAGAUGUUUAUGUUUAGUCCAUGAGCUUGUUGACCCUCCAUUGAAAAUCUAUGUAUGGUUUCCAUGUCCAGAAAGGUAACAAAAACAUCAUCAAAGUAGUCCAUGUGACAUCAGUGGGUCAGUUAUAAUUUGUUGAAGCAUUUGAAAAAUUUUCGUCCAAAAAGUAA